GCAAGACUCCUUUUACUCGUUAAGACGUCUGUUUUUUUUUUUUCCUUUUUUUAUGUGUAACUUUUCGUGUGAUUGGUCUUGAUCGAGCGGGUGAAACUCAGACGUAAACAGAGAAAAGGAGAUCGAGGAACAGGUGUCAGAGUUACAGACGUAAGAAAACAUGGGAAGAAAGAAAAUACAGAUUUCACGUAUUCUGGACCAGAGGAAUAGACAGGUUACCUUUACCAAGCGCAAGUUUGGUCUGAUGAAGAAGGCGUAUGAGCUGAGCGUGCUGUGCGACUGCGAGAUCGCCCUCAUCAUCUUCAACAGCACCAACCGUCUGUUCCAGUACGCCAGCACAGACAUGGACAAAGUGCUGCUCAAGUACACGGAGUACAGCGAGCCACACGAGAGUCGCACCAACACAGACAUACUGGAGACCCUGCGUAGGAAAGGCCUCGGUCUCGACGGCUCAGAACUCGACAGCGAGGAGAGCAUGCAGGUGGCUGCAGACAAAUAUCCUCUCAGCGAGGGCAUGAAUCUCUCCGUGGCACGCCAGCGCCUCUAUCCUCCAUCACUGCUCUCACCGGAGACCCAGUUCCUGGUGUCUGCAGGCUGUGAAAACGGCUUCCCCAACUCCUCGGGAUCCAGCAUGGCACCCCACAAACCACCAGUCUUUAAAUCCACCAGUUCCAGACCCUGCUCUUCCAGCCCUGCUGCACCACACGCACACACUGCCUUCAUGUCUCCUCAUUCAGGUAUCGGCUACUCCGUGUUCUCCCAUGGCAACCUGAAUCGAGCUCUGGACAUGAAAAGCCCUCCUCCCCUGAACCUGGGCAGUGAGAACCUGCGGGGAGAUGCUGCUAAUCAGGCCAUGGGCGCCACACGUGCGAACCACAACUCUGCUAGGGGCCUCUUGUACCAGGGUCUGCACGGCGGCAGCUCCAUGGUGGCCAUGGGCAAGGCGGGGCUCCUGGGCCACAGUUUGGGAGGCUACGGCCUUCCCUCCUCUGGAGCUUCUGAGUACAGCCCACCUGGUUUUUAUCACUCUGUUAGUCUACAACGAGGAGCAAUGAACCCCUGGCAAGCAGCACAGCCGCCACAGGAGCCCCAUGGGCCUCAUAUAGGCGCAGGGAUGUCCAGUGGAGGGUGCUCCUUCCCCUCUCAGUCUUGCUCCUCAGCCUCUCCUCAUCUGCCCUCCCUCAACCUCAGCAUCAAAUCAGAGCGAAGCUCCCCUGAGCACAUGUCCUCAUCCACCUCCCCUCCUCUACACCACCUCAGGCAGCACUCUCCAAUGAGCGACCCCGACUCGGCUUGUCAUACUCCUCCAGAAACCCGGCCGGCCAAUGAGACGAAGGAGUUUCCCAAAGCCGGCUACCAGCAAGACGAAGAGGAAGGAGGGCAGCCGCUCAGGCAGUUAGAGAUGAGUGACGGCUGGCAGAGAUAGCUGGCAGCUGCGGUCUACCACCAUCUCCCAUUCAAACGGCUAUCUUCCAUCAAAUCCAGUGCUCAAUUACACACACACACACACACGCACACACACACACACACACACACACACACACACACACACACAGAUACAACACAGAAGAUAGUGAGAUGGGGUUGAUUGGUCCCCAUCAUCCCAGAGAGGAAUACCUCUCUUUGUCUCCUCACACAGAGCUGGUCUCUCCUGGGUGAAUUUUUCUCAGCAUCACUUGAUUAAUCCCAUGAGGAGGCAGAUGCAUACAGACAUUUGCUUUUUGUUUGUUUAGGUUUAGUUUUCAGUGUGGAGAUAAUGUGAAUCAAAUAAUAAUAAUAAUAAUACAAUUUGAAAUGUGUUUGUUUUGCUCUGUCACUUUGUUGAAGUUAGCUACAGCAGCACAGCGGGACCAACUGAAUUUCCCCCCAAAAAAGUGUAAAAAUAAAAAAGCCUACGUACACAUUCAGCUUUGAAAACAGCCUUCAGUGUUUGACCUAGGUUUGGUUUGAAAAUUGGAAAAUAGCUGUAAAAUUACACUCCAUGGUCUUUGUGUAAAUAUUACAGCAAAAAGCAGAUAGAAAGAAACAUGACUCUUUACACCAGCCAGAAUAAAACCACUUAGUCUCUGUGUACAGUAAACCUUUACACCUUGUGUCCCUGUUGUUAUAUAAGCUUUAAUUCGCCUCACAAGAUGUCCCCACAUGAAACCAGUUAGACAUCACACAUCACCUAAGUUUUGGCUUUAUGUGUAAUAAUGAAAUGUGCCUGGACUCUUGGACAUCUUACAGGAGAUGUGCUUUUGGUCGCUGUAAUUGAUCCUGCUGUCCAUGCUGGCUGUGAAAAAAAUCCCCUCAUAAUGCAGUUCUAAUUUAAGAAAGAGGCAAACGUCAUUCAUUCUGCACAAAAAUGCUUUCCGAAAUUCAACUAGUACGAGGCUUCAGGAGUCUGAAUUAAUCAAAUUAAGUAUCUUUAGUUUUUUUGAAUACAAAAUUCCCUUGUUGUGUUUGCUCAAACGGUCUUAGAGGGAUAGUCAAGUCAAGUUUAUUUGUAGAGCAUAUCCCACGCAUCACAAAGUGCUUUAAACAGUAACACAAAGAGAGUUUUGUACUAAAAAUACUGUUUAAAAUGCAUUUUAUACAGAACAAUGACAGCCUAUUUUGUCCCUUAUCUCUGGAACCACGUCAAGCAAGGAUCUGUUCAGGGCCUGUGUGUACAGCAGGAAUAAUUACGGUGACCAAAAAAUACUUCAGGUGUACAUAUGAACAUGUCAGUGUGUGAAAUUUAAAAAAAAAAAAAAGUGAAUCUAUCCUGGGGCAUCAGUGGAUCUCAGGAAUUUGGAUGAUUGUUUUCUUAGAAAGUAAAAAAAUAAAUAAGAUUUAUUUCCUUCUUUGUUUGCUAAAUUUUAGUUAUAUUAUUCUUGCAAAUAAAGAUGGCCUCAUCUUUUUACUUUGUCAGUAACAAAAUUAAUGGCAAUCUACUUCAAAUACAGACCAAAGUGUUUAAAUAUUGUCCCUAUGCAUUUCAAUCAAGUACUACAACACCCAAAGAUGUAUGCAUUUGUUUAUAACAGGUCUAAUAUGAUUUUAGUGAUAUAAAAAUAGUAUCUGUAACUUUUUCUGAAGGGCUUCAUUUAGUAAGUACAUACUGAUGUUUAAACACAGUGUGUAAUGAAGGAGUCUAAUUAUUCAUAGAAUAUUUCAUUUAUAAAAAAAACACAAAUUACAUAUUUUUUUAAUUGAGGGAUUGUUGGUUUUCAUUGUAUGUGUAAAUUUACUUUGCUCUGUAUUUCUGUGCACUGGGCAUCUGCUUGUUUUAGUUUAGCUUGCUCAACUUUUGUUCUGCAAUUGAUAAAAUAUACUUAGAAUCCGGGUUGGAAGGUAAUUUACGCUUAUUGUCCACAAGGGGUCACCUUCUUUUACAACAUUUGGAUUUGAAUGAGAAGUUGCAGAGGAGGGAAAACCAGCCAUUAACUGUUAGUGAUUAAUUAUGAAAUGAAUCUUUAUGGCAAGACCCAGGUUCAGUGGCUCACCCUGAACACAUUUAACAAAUACAUGGUGACAAACCCUGCAGAGAUUCAGUGAGGCGGCCGGCGGCAAGCUUCAAGUUCAAGUGCUGCUGUGGAAUUAGCUCUGUUUUUCCUUUUCUUUUCUUUUUUUUAAUGCAGUUAUGUGGAUUAAUAUCAGCAUGAAAAACCAAGUUAUCAGUAUUCUGAUGUUUUGGGUUUAGGUUUUUUUUUAUGUUUGCUGAAUGCUUCACUAACAGAACAAAGACAGAUUUUUAUUUGACAUUUGUUGUGAUUCUUUUUAAAUAAAAAAUGGUUUGAUUUGUA